GAGACACAAAAGGGCGGGCAGGGAUCGACGCCGGCAGCGAGGUCCGCAGAGGGGAGCCACGUGGAUAGAGAUCGGUGCCGGAGGCGUCGCAGGUGAAGAUCGACGCACAGAGACGCGGUGCGUGGCCGCGGCGACACUAGCAUGGAGAAGCGUUGAUUGGGAAGGAGCAUGGAGAAGCGGCGCGUGGUGCGGAGGCGGGACGCCGCCGGCUUCAAGACACCCUCGUCCGAACUAACUGCCGUCUGCUAGUAUUUGUGAAAAAUAAAAGAAGAAUUUGAGCGCGAGUUUUGGUCUUCUACUCUACGAGGAUAACGUUUUACUGGUGUGGCGGCCUGAGAGGUGUGGAGUCCCCAUAUCUCAGCCACACACACCACAAACAGACAACAGCGGCAACUUGGGCGCUCUCGACAAUCCGGCCGCCGCCGGUCGUUUCCGGCGCUCGCCGAUGGCCAGACCGCCGUCGCUCCCCACGCCAUUGUAGUCCAACUCGUGUGUGCUGCCGCCUGCUACCGCGCGCGCACACUACGAUGCCCCUCCUCGACACCCCCCACCUCCGCCCCCGCGUCGGCCUCCCCCGCUUCCUGACACCACACAACCCCACCAAACCCGCCGUCGCCGUCGCGUCCCAGCUCCCCUUCCCGCACGGUCAGCUCGCCCGCGCCGCGUGCCAGCCCCUUCGUCACGUCGCGGCGCCGGCGGAGGAAGGGGCGUCGGAAGGGGAGGGGAAGGAAGAUGAGGAUGAGGAUGAUGACCUGGUCCCACCGUCGGCUGCCGCCGUGGCGGAGACCAUCCGGCGGGCUUCGACCGCGUCGCCGGUGCGUUUCAAGAGGGUGCAUCGGGAAGAGGAUGAGGAGCCGCGCGGAGAGGGUGGCUUCACGGAGCCCAGUGGCGACUUCCGGCGACUCUGCGCGGAGCAGCUCGAGAUGUUCCGGUCGGUCGUCUCCCGCGACGCCGUCCUAUCUGUGUAUGUAAGACCUGCUGGCAGUUAUAUUAUGGAUCAGCUUGAACUACGGCGAAUUGCUUUAUAUCCUGAAACUAAUGCUUCUAAAAUAGAGACUCUGAUGCUAGUUGGCAAUUUCACUAUAUCUGCUGGACUACGAGCAGCAGAAGCUUUUCUAGUAAAAUGCCAGAUGGAGAUCAUAACUGAAUUUGGAGCUGUAGUUCUUCCAAUGGUGAAACACCCAUUUGUUGUUGGUUUCCUUGUUGCAGAACUUCCAGAACUAGUUGGAUAUACAAAGAUCUCUGAGACUCCUGAUAUUGAGAUACCAUCACACUCGUUCUUAGAUAGGCCAUCAGAUAUAACUCCAUAUACUAAAGGGAAAGCCUGGGAUUUUCAAACUUCUGGAGACAAAGCCAAUAGUUAUGCUCAGUUUGUUACUGAAUGGAAGAACAGUUCACUUAUGAUUUCCCGAACUUUAGCAAUGGCUUAUGUCAUGGACCAGAAAGCGUAUCUGCUUCAGCAAGCUUCCUGGCAAAACAAUAUUAGAAUGAGUGGCUUAGUAGAACAGAUUCGGGGGCCCCUUGCUAAUAUAAGAGCUCUUGCAAAGAUGUUAUCAGUCCAUACAAAGAGAAAUGAGAUCACUUAUGAUAUUGUCGAAGACGUUCUGAUUCAAGGUGAUCAUUUAAAAGAUGCUCUGCAACAGAUUCAAGAUGCUGUGUAUCUGACUAAGGUGAACAUAGUUAGGUACAAUGAGGAAAACAUAAAGAAAAUUGAGGAGUUACCUUCCUUGAGAACUCUACCACACUAUCAAUCAGAUCCUAAGAAUAGUUCACAGAAAGUUGAUUCGUUGUCAUCACAUAAUUCUGACAAUGGAGACAUGGUGAUACCCAUGCCACCUCUCUGGCUGGCCCCUCUUCAACAUGAAGAUGCUAGGCCAUGUGAUCUUUGUGUUGUACUGGAAGACUUGGUUGGAGCAGCUCAACCGCUCGCUUAUAGGCAGCAACGUACUCUAAAUGUAAUUGGAAUUUCACACCCACUUCAAGUUGCUGUUGAGGAAUCUGCUUUAAGACAAGCACUGAGUAAUCUCAUAGAGGGUGCACUUCUACGCACUCAGAUUGGUGGCAUAGUUCAGAUAUAUGCAGGGGAAGCACCUGUAGGAGGCAUUCUUGUUGUCAUUGAUGAUGAUGGUCCUGACAUGCAAUACAUGACGCAGAUGCAUUCGCUUGCCCCAUUCGGGUCAGACCUUGCGGAUGGUAUGUAUGAAGAUAAUAUGACAUGGAACUUCAUUGCAGGAUUAACAGUUGCCCGUGAGAUACUUGAGAGCUAUGGCUGUGUUUUGCGUGUGAUAUCACCCCGGAGAGCUGAUGCAGUUAUAGGGACUGGAGGUAGUCGUAUUGAGAUAUGGUUGCCAACUUUACGGACGGAACUAUCUGAGAUCAAUGAGGGGGCUUGCUGAGUUUUAGUAAUCAAGGCGUGUUCACAAGACGAGGUCAUGGCCUCAUGCUUAAUUGGCAUGAUGAAGAUCGUGCUGCCUUUUCUAUUUUCGAAUUGUUCGAAGGAUAGCUGUAAGGUGAGGUAGUGAACUAUACUUCUGGUUAGUCACUAAAGCACCAUAUGAAUAUCUUUUUCACGUAUCCCAGUACAGCAAUGGUACCCGUGGAAAAAAAGACAGUUACAUGUUGGGCUUUUCCCCUACUGCAUAGUUUGUAUGGUAUAGCCAUUUACUGCACUUGGAAAGGUGUUGUUUUUGUUGUUUCGCAGAGGUAGCACAACUUCAUCAAUAUGAUCGAUCGUACAGAGUUUUCGGUGUUUGAUAGCUGUCAAAGUUGUUCUAUUUAGGCAUUAUUGAGUAUCGCUGAUGUAUCAUGAUUCUCUCUCUCUCUCUCUGGGAAAGCCAAGGUACAUCCCAAUGUACUAUAGAAGUAGUCAUUAUAUAAUAAAUAUUUUCUAUGAGCUAUCUUUACACACUGUGAGUGUGGCCUGUAUAACACUAAUUGCUAAAGUAGUUCAUAGUCACGUGACCUACC